AUAUUAUUCUUGGGUUCUACAUUCAUUAUGAAUAGAGAUGAGAUGAAAGAAAAAGGGAAUGCAUUUUUCAAUAGUAAUAAUUAUGAAGAUGCAGCAAGUUGCUAUCUUAAAGCUAUUAAGCUUUGUUCUGAUCGUGAAAAUGAAAUAUUAGCAUUGUUAUACAAUAAUUAUGCUCUAUGUGCUUUAAAGACAAAGAAUUUUUCAGAUGCUAUAAAUUAUACGACAAAUGCUUUAGCCAUCAAUGCCCAUGAUAUUAAAGCACUAUAUAGAAGAUGUGUUGCAUAUGAAGAAAUGGAUAAUAUAACUGAGUCCUUCAAAGAUGCAAAAACUUUAUUUGAAAUGAAUCAAAAAUUUAUAUUGCCUACAUAUUUCAGGCUAAAAGAUGUUUUAUCAAAAAAGGUUGAAAAUUGUUCAUCAUCAGCUGUUAUAGUAGAUAUCAUGGAUAAAAUUAAAUCAGAAAACACUUUAUUUGAGAUUAAACACAAGGCAUUUAAUAAUCUAGAAUCUUUGACCCAAGAAAAUUUUGGAGUUAAUUUAUUUUUUCAAAAUGAAUGCUUGAAUGUAAUGCAAAAACACUUAUUACAAGAAAAAUCUCAAUUUAUUACACCUAUUUUGAAUAUAUAUAAAAAUAUAUGUAUUGACAAAAACAAAACAUUGGCAUUAAUUAAAGUUUUAUCAUUGCCAACACUAAUAAACAAUAUCAUUCAAGUAGGAACUGAAGAAAUUACAAAAUCUGCAUAUAAAUUACUUAUUAAAAUAUUUGUUGUAUUAACUGGUUCUAAAAUAGAUGAUAUUAAGAAUAACAUUGAAUAUGAUGAAUAUUCGGAUAUUAUCGAUUCCUGCUUUCUUAAAAUUGUUGAAACCUUAGUCAGUCCAAUAACCUCACCAUAUGGUCGGGAUGUAUGUUUGAACACCAUUGUUAGAUUGGCAGGCAAACAAAAAGGAUUGGGUUGGAGCAUCAAAUUAAUUCAAAAAUUUAAUGCUAUUCCUAUCUUACUUUGUUGUGCCUCUGAGUUGAAAAAUUCUUCCAUUCAAAUUGAAAAUUCGAUCUCAGGUACAAAAAAUGCAGAUGACCUAAUAGAAAGUUGUUACAACAAAUUAGCAUGCACUCCAUCUACUCACUGCUUGAUAUCUUUGGCUUUAAAUACUCUCUGGGAAGAUAUGAGUAACGAUGCUUUGCGCAAUGAAUACAGGACUAUUGCAACAAAAUAUAUUGAAAAUCUUUUAUCUCAUAAAGAAGAAUCCUUCAACAUCAAAGCCAUUAAAGCUAUCAUCGUUUUAUUACAGGGUCCUUUCUUUAUUGGAGAUUCUGUUGUUGGAAGCCUAAACAUUUCCAAACUGAUUCUAGAAAUGGCGGAUUCCAAAAAUAACAUAGAAAAGUUAACAGCUUUGGAUGCGCUAAUAUUAACGGCUUCUAAUAGAAAGAGGUGUCAAGGGAUAUUGGUUAACGGGGUACCUUUACUUAAAAAGCUUUAUCUUUCGAAAAAUGAUGAGGUCAGGAUCAGGGCAUUACUGGGCAUUUGUAAACUGGGUGCCUCGGGUGGCAUUGACGCAAGCUUAGCACCUUUUGAGGAGAAUUCAAACAGAAAAAUAGCAGAGGCCUGCAAAUCAUUUUUGUGCCACCCCGAAGAUAAAAGUUUGGAUAUCAGAAGAUACGCUGCCGAAGCAAUUUCAUAUCUCUCGUUCAACGCGGAUAUAAAGGAAUACAUCGUCAACGAUAACGAUAUUCUUAAUGCCCUGUAUAAACUGGCGAAAGAAGAGACAUCAGUCGAUGCACACAUAUUUCCUUUCAUAAAUUUAUUCGUCAAUCUGACUAAUAGCUAUGAAAAGCCAACGAUCGAACCAGAGCUGAUAGAGCUAGCCAAGCAAGCCAAACAACACGUACCUAAGGAUUCCCCUAAAGAUUCUGAGGAAUACGUGGUGAAAAGAGUAGAUAAGCUCAUUACUUCUGGCAUCGUGUCCGCUCUCAUUCCCUUGUGUAAAACGGAAAGCUCCGCAAAUAGAGAAGCUCUUUCUAGGGUAUUUUUGGCUUGUUCGGGAGAUCCGAAGCACAGAGGAAUCUUGAUUCAACAAGGAGGUGCUAAGGCCCUACUUUCCUUAACGCUCAGUGAUAACACCGACGAAGGCAAGAUUAUAGCGGCACAUGCACUAGCAAAAAUAUUUGUCACUAAUAACCCAGAACUCUCUUUCCCUGGAGAUAAAUAUUUAGAUUUGGUGAGACCGUUGCUAAUACUACUUCACGUUGAAAGAACAAAUUUGCAAAAUUUUGAAGCACUCAUGGCUCUCACUAAUAUCUCUAGUAUAAGUCAAACUGCCAAAAAACGCAUAUUACUAGAGAACGGUAUGUCUGAUAUAGUUAAUUACUUGUACGACGAUAAUCCGCCUUUACGACGAGCGGCUACAGAAUGCUUAUGCAAUCUUAUGCUAUCUCCAGAAUUUACAGAUAAAUUUUGCGAAAUAGGCGACGAUAGGGUUAAAAUGGUUGCCCUAGUUAUAUCCGACACGGAAGAUUUAAAAUUACAAUUGGCGGCUGCUGGUACCCUAUGUUCUUUGGUUAGCAACGAUAAUGCUUUACGGAAAAUUUUGGAGAUAAACUCCAUAAUGGACAUUUUAAGAGUCUUACUCUUAAACGAGGAUAUAGAUCUGAAAUUCCGGGGAAUAUUUGUACUCAGGUCUUUGAUAUACGCUUCUGAUAAAUUUGCUGAAAAAUUUGUUACCGAUGAUUUGUAUUACGCUCUGAUCGUUAUAGCACGACCUGAUACAAAUAAAGAGGAUAGCAAAGUAGUUAACCCUCUGGUAAAAGAAGCGCGAGAAAUUGCCGAGGAAACGUUAGAAAAAUGCAAAGAGUAUGGUUUUGUCAAAGAUAACCAAAAAUGAAUGAAACAAAACUUUCAACCUAUAUUGACAAAAUAUAUUAUAAAUUUUUAUUGUAUAUUUCCGUGAUUUCAAAAAAAAGUGGCAAUUAAUAUUUAUUAUAUUUAUUUAUUUUUGUCAAUAAGUUGUAUUUACUUAUAAAAUUAGAUUUUUUCGUGAGCUAUAUUUAAAUAUUCCAAUUUUUAAAUUAUAUAUUAAUAUUAUCUUUUUUACUAGAGAAUUUUAAAGCCUAAAAUAUUUCUUAAAUUUUUUAAUAUAAUUUUUGAGAGUUUAUUCAUCAUUAUAUAUUUGCAUUUUAACAUCCAAAGUUAUAUAAAUAUUAUUGUUAUGGCA